AUAGAUAUGUCAACAAAGAAAGUUUGUGUAAUAACAGGAGGCAAUAAUGGUAUUGGAAAGGAGACGAUCAAGUUGAUCGCAAAGCAACAUCCAACAGACUUGAAGAUAAUACUUUGUUGUCGUACAAUACAAAGAGGUGAAGAGGUUGUCAAUGAGAUCAAAGAGUUCUCAAACAAUCAAGAUAUCAAUGUAAUGCAACUUGACUUGUCAUCAUUCCAAUCAAUCAGAGACUUUGUAAAGAACUUUAAGGAACUCGGUCUACCUUUGAAUUACUUGAUUGAUUGUGCUGGAGUUGUGCAUCAUGAGUCAACGUUGACGGCGGAUGGAUAUGAGGGAAUGUUUGGAACGAAUCAUCUUGGCCACUUCUUAUUGACAAACUCAUUGUUGGAUGUAAUGGAGAAGAGUGAUGAACCAAGGAUAACAGUAGUCUCAUCUCGUGCACAUACAAGUGCCAACCUCAAGCUGGAGGAACUUCCCAAGCAGCCAGUUGGUUUCCGUGGUUAUGCCAACUCCAAACUAUGCAACAUUAUGUAUACAUACGAGUUGCAACGACGUCUGGAUGAGAAGGGAUCAAAGAUUGUGGUCAACACUCUACAUCCAGGCAGUGUACACGAGACAGAGUUGAACAGAAGCAGCUGGAUCGUUCAAAAGGUGUUCCCACUCUUUGCACCAUUCAUCACAUCGUUGAGGGAUAGUGCCAUUGCGGUAAGUGAACUGUCUUUGGGCGAGCGUGACGAUCUCCGCGGAGUCAAGGGUAAAUACUUCUUCCUUCGCGAGCAGUACAACUCCAACAACUUCUCCAAGAAGCCCGAGAACUGGUUACAACUAUGGAACAAAUCAGCAGAGUAUACAGGUAUUCCAUCAGAUAUACAA